GUCAUCCCGUCAUUAAAACACUGAACGGGAUAUCUGAAACACCUCAAAAAGACCGCUGGGAUUGAUAUCGGAAUGGCAAAAUUGUAUAUUUUCUUUGGAUAUAUCAUAUUAAUAAUGACCCACAGUGUGAGCUGGGGAAAUCUGUAUGCCAGUAGGAAUGUUCAGGAGUUGGAUAAUCUGAAGGACCUGAUCCAGCGGCUCGAGGACAAGUUGACCGUUAAUGAGGAAAAUGACCUUUAUCCGUCUAAGUCUGAGGACGUGGACGCAGCCGAUAUGGAGGACAUUGAGAACUCGCCCGCGGCGAUCCGGGGGCAGGAGGAGAGAAUGGUAAUGAACGCACCCAAAAGAAUUGCCACCGAAAGCCCUGUGGUGUCACACCUGAAAGAUCUAAUCGGUUUGAGGAGGACGGCCAAAUCGUUCAACAGUUGUUUCGGUAACCGGAUUGAGAGAAUCGGCUCGUGGAGCGGACUGGGGUGCAAUAACGUCAAGACUGGUAACAAGAAGAGAAUAUCUUGGAACUGAAGAACAACGCCCAUUCAUGGACGUCACGAAACUGCGCCAUUUCUGACCUCUGUGGAACUCUCCCUCCCAUUCUGGAGAAUGCAUUUCUUCCCUUCAAACAAUAGAAGAAAAACAUUUCAUAAACGAAUGUAUACUAAAUAAUUUCGAUAUUAAAACAUACGAAAUUCAAUCUCUUAAUUUCUGGGUUGGUUUGUUUCUAGACUAUCAGUGACAAUUAGACAUGCAUAUUGUAUUUCUACUUCGAAAAAGGGAUAUAUGAUUGCUAAUUGCACUCUCCAGAAAUACCUAAUACAAAGUAUUUGUUAUUUGUUUGCGCCUGUACAGUAUUGUUCACUUGUGUGUAUCAAAUCGAUGUAUAUGUUUGAUCAUGUUGUGAGAUGGUAUUAUUUUUAAUAAAUUAUUAGAUAUGGAA